AUGAAGGCGGUGUGCUUACUGUUGUGCCUCGGUCUAGCCCGCAACAUUGCGGGAAGCAUCUUCGAAAGACGAAUUCCGACAUUGGAGCGAUUAGGCGAGCGGAUCGGCGAGCGAAUCAGCGAGCCUCUUGAAAAGCUUGGAAAUGUCAAGCAGCAUCUGCUAAACCACCAGCGGUCACAGGAAGCCCUCCCCACACUGAAGAACCAACAGCUGGGCCAGUACCCCCAGCAGCACCAACAACAAUUUGUUGCACGAGUCCCAUUGGAGAUGCAACAGAAUCAGUUCAGCUACGAAAACUUGUUCCCACGACAAUCCUACCUCCAGAAAGGUCGAGUACAGAGAGAGAGCUCCAAGCUUCACAGCUCCGAAAAUGACGAUUCUCUCCAAACCAACCAACUCCAUUCAUCAGCCGAGUCGUCACAGGAACGUCAAGAGGAAAUGGACUUGCCUCCUGUAUUCGCUGACGAAAACAUGCCUACUCAGAUGAUCAAACUCCAAGAAGCUGCUCACGGUGAUGCUAUCGAAUGGAGGGGUAUCAAAAUAGCCGUUGGCCCCAACUCACUGAUCCAAAAGAAAGAAGACAUCGCAAAACUUUACGCUGACGCGCAAAAGUCGAUGAAACACAUCAAUGAAGAAAGCCAAAAGAACUUCCACAAUACUUACCAAGUCGCCUCCCAAAAAGACAAUGAAGAUAUUUAUUUAAACGCUACACAACUUUUGAAGAAAAAUGGAUACCCCGUAGAAGAACACAUCAUUCAAACUGAAGAUGGCUACUUGCUCACCAUGUUCCGCAUUGUCAAGCAGGCAACCAGACACUCACGCAGUGUGGCAUCCAAAGGCGCUGUUCUAUUAAUGCACGGCUUGUACGGCAGCGCUGACGACUGGCUAUUGAUGGGCCCCAAACACUCCCUAGCUUACUUAUUAGCUGAUGAAGGUUACGAUGUGUUGUUAGGCAAUGUUCGUGGAAACAAAUACUGCCGCAACCACGUCAUCAAGCACCCAGCACAGAAGGACUUCUGGCAGUUCAGUACUGAUGAGAUCGCCCGCGUAGACUUGCCAGCCUUGAUCGACUACGCUCUGAAAAUCACUGGCCAACAGAAAUUGUUCUACGUCGGCUACUCCCAGGGUACCACAGCUUUCUUCGCCAUGGCUUCCGCCAUGCCUGAAUACAACGAGAAAAUAAUAAAGAUGUACGCUAUUGCCCCAAUGGUGUACAUGAGCAACGCCCGCAGCCCCAUGGUCCGCAUGAUCGCUCCAUCCAGCGACCUCUUCGAGCAGCUCAAGCCGCACCUGAAGGAUGGCGAGUUCAAGCCUUCCAAGGAAUUGCUUAAAACAAUGGGAGGUGAUAUGUGCGAGCAGGAAAUCGGAUGCAAGAAGAUUUGCUCCAACCUCAACUUCGUCAUGUCUGGAGUGAACUUGGACAACUUGGAGCCCGAGCAGAUUCCAGUGAUCAUGGGUCACUUGCCCGCUGGUGGAUCGACUAGGCAGAUAAAGCAAUUGGGACAGGCUCUUGCAUCCAAUGAAUUCAGAAUGUACGACUACGGCUCCGAGGUCAACCAGAAGAUGUACGGUACAGUCCAGCCACCGGUAUACGAUGUAUCCCAGAUCCAGACUCCAGUCGCCUUGUACUACAGUGAGGAAGACUGGCUCUCGCACCCCAAGGACGUCGAAAGACUGCACAGGGAGCUCCCCAAUGUAACUGAGCACUACAAAGUACCAGAGGCUCACUUCAGCCAUAUGGAUUACCAAUUCUACAAGAACGCACCUCAGGUCGUCUACCAUAAGCUGAUCAAAUCCAUGAACAACUCGUCCUAA